AUGGAGAGACACCGAGGUUUUGCCUUCAAACUGUUGGUACCUCCCAGGUUUAAUGAAGGACAGGCGGCUGUUCGACCUCAGGAAAUACUGGAAAACUGUGAUUUCAUGAAAACAUUAGACCAGGUGCGUUUGUACAGCCAACAGAAUAAUUUAAAUCCUGGAAAGCUUUACACCAAGCUGCUUGAUGAAGUUGAGAAAAUAAAGUACUGGAAGAUCAAAGUGGACGCUGACACUGUGCAGAAGGAAAGGAGACUCCAAGAAAACAAAAGAACAAUUGAAACCCAACGAAAAGCAAUUAAAGAAUUGCAGUUUGGAAAUGAAAGUCUUACCAUAAAGCUGGAGGAACGGAUCAGUGAAAAUGAGGAUCUGAGGAACAAACACAACGUAACAAGGAACCUGUGUAAAGAGACUUUUGAGCGUUCAACUGAGAAAAUGCAUUUAUUCGAAUCUGAAAGAGAAGAAACCCAUCACAUCUUUAUGGAAAAUAGUGGGAGUAUUCAGAAACUCAUUGCAGCAUUUGAAGGCCUCCGCACUCAAGCAGAGGCUGAUCAGCAAGAGAUGCAGAAAGUCAAAGUGGGCUUACAGCAAUUUGAGAUUGUGAAAGAGAAAUUUAAAGAAGAAUUUGACAUGAAAGAGAAAGAGGUGGCAGUUCUUCAAACAGAUCUUCAGAAACAGGAAAAUGAACUACAAAAGAUCCUACUGGACUUCCAUGAAACCCAGAAGCACUGCAAACAGCUUAAAGACACAACAAAUGAACAAUAUGAACUUCUCAAAAGCUCAGAAACUGAAAAGGAAUCCCUUAUUCAAAAACUGCAGAGUGUGGAGCAGUGCUUGAAAGAAAGUGAUGAACAACGUGAAGCCAUUGCUGCACUGCUGAAAGAAAGUAAAGAAGAGUAUGCAGAGAUGAUUCAGAGCAAAGAUUUCAGCCUCCAGGAGUUCAGCAGAGUUAAAAAUCAACAAGCAGAGAAGCUGGAGCAGAUUCAGACAACUAUGCAGGAGCUACAGAAUUCUCUAGCCUCAGAGAUACAGAAGGCCGAAGAACUUGAGGAUAAACUAAUCGCAAACAAGGGGGAACUUGAAAGUAAAAUAACUCUUUUAGGAGAGAGCCUGGAGCAGAGUGCAAUGAAAGAUGGGCGGAUCAAAGACCUAGAGGAUGAACUGUGCUCACCUGGGUCAAGUCAAGAGUCCUGUAUGUCAGGACUUGAGUUGGACCCAAGUCCAAGCUCUGGACUCAAGUACUACAACACUGAUUCUGAAACAGGUCGUGUCUUCACAGCAGUAUGUUUUUUUAUAUACCCUCAGAUCAAAGUGCAGAAGCUGGAGCACCAGUUGUUUUCUGAAAUAGAGAAAAAUAAAGAAAACACCUGUCAGAUGGAACAGUUGAACAAAGACAUCACACAGCAUGAAGAAAAGUACAAAUACCUAUUAUCCAACUUUAAUGGGCUGCAGUCUGAGAAGAAAGCCAUUGAACAGCAGUUUGAGAGUGGAUCUUCUAAUGUGAAAGCUAUUGAGGCAAACAUUAAGGUUAGUGAGGAGAAGGCUGCAAAGCUUACAAGAGAAAUUCAAAGACUGGAGGAAGAAAAUCUGUGUUUACGAGAGGAGGUAAACUCAUGUAAAACCAGAAUCCAAGGGAAAUAUCAGGAAACGGAGACUCUACAGAAGCAAAUUGAAGAAAAAGGUGAACAUUUGCAGGAGGAAAUCACAGAAAAGGAGACAAAAAUCAAAUCUGUGGAAACAAAGGUGACCAUAAUACUUAUAUAUAUAUAUAUUUAUAUAUUUUGUUGUUUUUUUCAGAACAAAGUGCUUAAGAAACAAAUAGCAAAGGAGAUUGCAAAAUCCAAUGAGCUUGAAACUGUGAUCAACAAUCUUUACGAGGAGUCCCAGAACCUUAAACAAAUGAAAGUGGAAGACCAUCAGAAAUUGCUGAACGAUCUCGAGUCCAAAUCAACAUCCGCAACUGAGCUUGAAAACGAGGUAAAAAAGCUCAGAAUAACAACAGCAGAGGCCGUCAAGAACAAGGACGAGGCAGAACUCAAAUGUCAACAGAAGAUAGCAAAUAUGGUCGCACUAAUGGAGAAACACAAGAGCCAGUAUGACCUGAUGGUUGAAGAGAAGGAUGCAGAGCUUGAUGAGAACAAAAAGAGAGAGAUGGAGGCGGUUUGCCAGAAGAAAUCACUGGAGUUGGAUCUUUUGAAGAAUAAGACAGACAAUGAUAAGCUGAAGCAACAGCUGAAGACAGAAGUGUCAAAGAAGGCAAACCUGCAGAAGGAGCUUUCGGAUUUGAAGAAAGAAAUGUCAUCAAUGAAAAUCAUUCAGCUAUCAGGAUCAGGAAACAAUCAGUCUCCUGCCUUAAAAUCCACACAAGGGAAAUCAUCAGAUACUCCAAAAGACAGUUUUGCAACGAGACACGUGUUUGACUUCUCCGAGAGCAGAAAAACUCCUUCCCAUAGUAAAGUCUCAAGAAGUACUGCAGUGAUGAAGAAUGACGAUAAAGAAUCUGAUGCUGAAUCCAUCAGAACACCAUGUGGAACAUCACAAAAGAACCAGGAAAUUCAAAAUGGAGACCUGAAAACCCCACAAAGUGUUUCAAAAAGGAUUGGAGGAACCUCAAAGAUCAAAUCCUACAGAAUAAGGACACCCCCUUCUACUGAAAAGACUGUAUGCUGGAAGAAAACGAUUGAGCUUGACCCCAAGUCAGACAGCUCCGAUCUAGGUGAUCUCCUGGUAAGUUUAAUGAAACUUUUUACCUUUGCAAGUGCACUGCCAGCCAACUUUUCUGCUCCAUCCUGCGAACAAAACAUCUUCAAAAAGAUCCAGAGUCCAGCUGUUCAUAAAUCACCAGGGAACUCCUUAAAGUUAGCUGCAAUGAAAAGGAUGAGAGAUGCUGGGUGGACUGCUGUUACUGGCUGUAACAAAAAAAAAAAGAGGACCAAUGAGAAGAUCUUUGCUUAAAUAGUCCUGUGACAGGUUAGACACAAUAACCGUAUCUGAGAGGUUUAGGUGUUCAUAUUCCAUCUUUCAUGGUUUAUAUAAUUACAUUUGGGAUAAAAUAAUAAGUAAAUACCAGGCAAAUGAAUUUCACAGCAUGCAUUGAAAGUAUUGUAAUGAACUUGCUUAACAGUAUUGUUUACAAUUGAAAGUUGUAUUGGCUAAUAUUCCUACAAUUUUAGCUCAUUGUUCUUCAUUGCAAUUUAAGUGACUGAUUCACCAUUCCAGUUUUUUAGUUGUUUGAAUUGUGUUCAAGUUCUGUUUGGUGUUUUUUUUUUACUAUCUAGAAGAAUUGGUCUUUGUUGGUGUUUAAAUGGAAGCUCGUUUUGGCACAGGUUUACAUUGUUGUUGUGGGAAAGGUGAUUGUUAAGUAUUUCUAACUUAAUAUAGCUAAUAUAUUUAUGAAUCCUUGUAUUGGCAUUGUUAACAUUAAAGGUCAGAUCCAUCA